UUCUCUGAGCUGUCACGUCCUUCAUUUUCACUUGCAGAACUUACAGAUCGCUUGGCAUUACUUCGUGAGCGGUUAAAAUUGACAAAUUCAAUUUUCUGUCUCUCUCUCGGAGCUGACCAAUCCAAGCGUAGCUCUGGCGACACGAGAAUCCGGUUCUCCGGUGAACUCUCUCCAUUUUUCUUAUUCUCCGACAUAUCUGAGUUUUCGCCUUAGUUGAGUUGAGAAUUUGAGUAACGUUUGUGGCAAAUGAGCUUGGAGAGAAGAUGAAGAGUGUGUCGAGAAAGGUCGGGAAGUAUGAGGUGGGCCGAACCAUCGGGGAGGGAACUUUCGCCAAGGUUAAGGUUGCGCGGAACACAGAGACCGACGAGAGUGUAGCCGUGAAAGUUUUGGCCAAGAGCACCAUUCUGAAGCACAAAAUGGUUGAUCAGAUUAAAAGAGAGAUAUCCAUAAUGAAGAUUGUCAGGCAUCCCAAUAUUGUAAGGCUGCAUGAGGUUUUGGCCAGCCAGGCAAAGAUAUAUAUAAUUCUCGAGUUUGUAACUGGAGGAGAGCUAUUUGAUAAAAUUGUUCACCAAGGAAAACUUCCUGAAAAUGAAUGUAGACGAUACUUUCAACAGCUUAUAGAUGCAGUUGCACAUUGUCACAAUAAGGGUGUAUACCACAGAGACCUGAAGCCAGAAAAUCUUCUUCUUGAUGCAUAUGGAAAUUUGAAGGUUUCGGACUUUGGACUGAGUGCGUUGCCCCAGAAAGGGGUUGAUCUUCUUCACACAACGUGUGGAACCCCAAAUUAUCUUGCACCUGAGGUGCUUGGCAACCAGGGUUAUGACGGUGCAGCUGCUGAUGUGUGGUCAUGCGGAGUCAUCCUCUAUGUUCUAAUGGCUGGUUAUCUUCCAUUUAAUGAGUCUGACCUUCCAACUCUGUACAGAAAGAUAAAUGCAGCAGAAUUUUCUUGUCCACAUUGGUUUUCUCCAGGGUUUGAGUUGUUGAUACACAAGAUACUUGAUUCCAAUCCUAAAACUCGCAUUCAGAUUGAAGGCAUAAAAAAAGAUCCAUGGUUUCUGAAAAACUAUGUUCCUGUAGGGCAUAACGCAGAUGAGAAAGUGGAUUUGGAUGAUGUUCGUGCAGUUUUUGACGACAUUGAGGACAACUUUGUUUCUGAGCAGUCAGAAAAUAAUGAAGGGGGUCCUUUAGUAAUGAAUGCAUUUGAGAUGAUUACACUAUCGCAAGGGUUGAAUUUAUCCGCAUUGUUUGACAGAGGACAGGAUUACGUCAAGCGACAAACUCGUUUUGUUUCCCGCGAACCAGCAAAAGUCAUUAUUUCAACUGUUGAAGCUGUUGCCAAAUCGAUGAGUCUCAAGGUCCAUACACGCAAUUACAAGAUAAGGCUUGAAGGAAUAGCUGCAAAUAGGGCGGGACAGUUUGCAGUGGUCCUGGAGGUCUUUGAAGUUGCACCAUCACUUUUCAUGGUAGAUGUUCGAAAGGCUGCUGGGGAUACUCUUGAGUAUCACAAGUUUUACAAGAAUUUAUGUGGCAAACUAGAUAAUAUCAUUUGGAAAUCAAGUGAAGGUAAGGCUAUUCCAGUAUGCUUAGAACAAUGACCUGCUGAACCAGUUCCAUCUGUGUGAUGCAAAUGUGAAAGCAGAUAAACAGAGAGUGUCUAUUUCUUUUUCGGGGCAAACGAUCUACAAACAGGAAAAUCUUGCUCAUACAGGACCUACGUAUGUUUAAUCUUGUUUUUUUUAGAAAUAAUCAGUAUGUUGUUGUAUUGCAAAAUGGGAGUGCACCAAUAUAUUGUGUACUUCAUUUUCCCACCGAUACACCCGGGGCGACUUAUUAACCCUUUCACCGUGUAUAUAUAGACGCUCUAUGACAAUCAGAAAGUUCGUGUCAACUUGUGUUCGGAAAGUUGGAAAGAGAUAGGAAUGAAGCUUCCUUAAGGUAAUGUAUGGUCAUAUGGAUGCGAUUCAUAAUGUUCCGUACCUUA